UGGAGUUUUCCGCUCCACCGUGGUGCAUAUCUUCAAGGUGACGGUUACCCUGCAACGAGUCAGGACGAGCCUGGCGGACUCUGUGAUGAAAUUUAAAAAGAAAGCCACCCUAAUUUGACAGCUAAGCAACACGCGCCGGGGAGAGCAUAGGAAAAACUCUGGCAACUUGCGGAUUUCCUCCCAGUCCCCUCGCAGCCCCGCACGUGCAGAGUCCAAGGGCGCUCCCGAGUUUCGGAUGCCAGCGAGUUGUUGAACUCCGAGCCAAUCGUCAUGUUGGACACUUUUGGGCCGCAGAGCGCCGGUGUGCCCGUCUCCGGCGCGGAGCUCCAGCUCAAACUGACGGACAACCAGGGCAGGCUGGACGCAGCUACGGGGAUGGGGAUGGAGCACGGAACUGGGAAGAAACUCAAAGAGAUAACCGGACCGGCUUUAUCCAAAAGAAAACUUCUGGUCGGCUUGGACCUCCUGUGCCUCUUCCUUGCCUCCAUCCCUUUCUUCGCAUGUGAGCUGAAGGCACUGAGUCCUUACAGAAGGGGCUUUAUGUGCGGGGACCCCAGCAUCACCUAUCCUUAUCUGCACAGCGAGGCCAUACCAGAUGAACUACUCAUCGCUGGUGGCAUCUUCAUCACCGGCCUCACAAUCGCCCUCGGAGAGUGUUACAGGGUACGCUUCCGAGACGUCAGCUCCAAGGCCUUCGUCAGGAACCUGUAUGUGUCCUGUUUGUACAAGGAGCUGGGCUGCUUCAUGUUCGGCUGCUGUGUCGGCCAAUCUCUCACCAACAUGGCCAAGCUGAGCGUGGGCCGGCUGCGACCACACUUCCUGUCUGUGUGUGGUGUCACCUAUGCAUCGCUCAACUGCACACCGGGAAGCUACGUUGCAACGGUGAGCUGCCGCCAGCCUGACCACCAGUUAGAGGAGGAGGCCAGGAAGUCCUUCUUCUCUGGCCAUGCUUCCUUUGCCAUGUACACAAUGCUCUACUUAGCAUUUUACCUGCAGGCGCGGUUGACAUGGCGUGGGGCUCGGCUGCUGAGACCCGCGCUGCAGUUCUUCCUGGUUCUGCUGGCAGUCUACACAGGUCUGACCCGCAUCUCAGACUACCGGCACCAUCCGUCCGAUGUGCUAACCGGCUACAUACAGGGAGCCCUAACUGCUUACUGGGUGGCCUUCCACAUCUCAUCCAUGUUUAAAAGUUCCAGUUCAGAUCUGUCUCCUACUGAGACCCUGGACACUCCCUUGUCACCCCACCAUACUGUCUGCUAAACUUAACCUCCAGCAACCCCUGCCUGUACCAACAUCCACCUACUGCCUGUAGUCCGGUUUGGAUAGACAAGAGAUGUGAAGAAUGUGAGACCAUUUCCUGUGAAGUCAAACCACAUACCUCAGUAUUCAGACAGAGUGUAGCACAAAGAGAGAAAGAGUAGAGUUUAUGAGAACUUGUAUGUGGCUCAAAAGAGAGGACACACAAACUGAGAGAAAGGAAGAGGGAGGGUGCUGUGUUGUGUAAGCAGCCUGAGCACUUGACCUUUUGUCCUUGUGACUGACCUUAACUUCACAUGUGAUACUUACCUGUGAGCUGAGAGUGAACCAACGGCAACCACUAUCACUCAAUGCAUCACCUGUAAAUGUAUACAGCUUUUGUACAACUCGAAUAAUACUGUAAAAGCACUUUUUGAUUUCCAUGCUAGUAUUAUCAUUACCACUUUGUAAUGAUUUGGUAUGUAGAAUGUGAUAUAUUUUAUACAAACAUGUAACAUAUAUUGUAGCUGUUUUUUUUUUUCACAGUGAAUGUAAUGGUUUUGAAGAAACACAAAUGGCAAGAUAAGCAACUCAUUUGCCUAAUGUGUUGUAAGAUUUUAAAUGUGGAAGGAUGUGUCCGUCUGUGUACAGUAUAUCAUAUAUGUAGUUCACUGAUGAGAGAAUGUCUAUAGAAUAUAAUGCAUAUUGGAAUAGUACAUAUGCUACUACUCCUCAGUCGUAUUUAUAAUAAUAUAUAUUUUGCUAGGCUACUAAUCAGUCCAAGAGCACAGAGAUCAUUAAAGAAAAAUUGUGACUUUUUUCUAAAAUACUAAUACUGCAUACUCAUUUUGAGAAUAAAAAAAUUUUGAUAUUAUUUCAUAGUCUUCCAAAAGACCAUUGCUGUACAUCCUAAAGUUUUUACUGUCCUAUGUUCACUCCUCUGACCUUUUAAUGUUUUUGAACGGGCAUUUUCUUCUUUUCCUAAGAUCUUAUUUUUGAUGUCACUUAUUAAUGCUAAGGCUGAUAAAGCUGUUUAUAGCCCCCAAGAAAAAAUUUAAUAUCCUUUUCUUUCAUCAACAAAGAUGGAAGAAACAUCUGAACCUUCACCUCAGGAAAAAUACACUCAAAUUAUCUAAAGCAAAAGUAUAUAUG